AUGGCAAAGACAGUUUUGAAGGUUACUCAAAAAAUUAGAAAGAAAAAGACUCUUUUACAUCCAAACGGAAGAAAAGCUCAGUCGCUAGCAAGGGCCUCACUCCGAGAUGAUAGAGUUAACCAAAAGAAACUCAUGCAUUCAAUGAGAAAAAGUGAAGAGAAUCUCAUCGUUGAUUUUUUCCAAGAAUUCAUAAAUUCUCCAGCCGAGAUUGAGAAAGAUAAAUACGAACUCGAUGAUCUGAAAAGCUUAAUCGAGACGUUUAUCAAUAGAGACCGUGACGAACUUGAAACCUUGAAAAGCGAACGGAGAGCAGACAGACCACCUUCCAAAAGGCAGCAAUUGCUAGAAAGCAGACUCAAACAAGAGAACCAUAUGUAUGAAACAGGUUGGCAAGUGCCUGAUCUACGAUCAGCUACAAACGUGAACCUACUUAGACUAUGGAAAGGAGGCCAUGGAGGACUCACCGCAAUCAAGUGUGCUUUAGUAAAAAAA